UCUUCACACAACCACCACACGGGAAACGUUCGGAACUGUGGCCGCUGAAGAAAUACAAUAAAUUACAAGCAAAACUAUAUAUACACAAUGAGUCACAAAAUCGUCGGCGCUUUUCUGCUCUUCAUUGCGGCGUGCAGCGCGGCAAAGGUUCCCAUUGCGAUUUACUACGAGUCUUUGUGUCCGGACAGCGCCAAGUUCAUUACCGAACAAGUGUAUCCGGCAGUGAAGAGCGAGCUGCGUGAUUUCGUUGAAAUCACAUUCGUUCCAUUUGGCAAGUCUCAGUUCUUUACACAAGGCUCGGAAGUCACAUUCACCUGCCAUCACGGACCGAACGAGUGUUAUGGUAACAAAGUGCAUGCUUGCGCUAUUGAGCACAUUCAGGCCAAUUCGUACCAGACUGAGUUCACCCGCGAGUCCCUCACCCUGGACUUUAUCAAUUGUCUGAUGAAGGCAGGCAAGAAUUUCCCGGACAAUGUGUAUCCUGGACAGCGUUGCGCCUCUGAGAAUCACAUCAACAACUGGGAGAACAUAAAGACCUGCGCCAACACCACCGAGGGAAGCCAACUGCUCCGCAAGGCCGGUGAAACCACCCAGAAGCUUAAGGAGCCCCUGACCAGUGUUCCAACUGUUCUGUUCAACGAGCAAUUCGAUAAGACGGUGAAUGAACGUGCCCAGCUGAACUUUAUGGGUACUCUUUGCAAGUAUGUCUCGGCGCCACAGCCUCGCAUCUGUGCCCAACAUAACGCCGCUCCCCGUCUGGACAGUGUAAGCGCCACCUUGACCUCUGUGCUGGGUCUCUGGGUCUUUGCUUUACUUAAACGCCUUCUCUAAGCCGUUGCUGCUGUAACCCAACUUCAGCUUCCACUAAGCUUCAAAAACUUUUGAAUCUCUUAAUAUUUUAUUACAUAUUUUUUGUUUUUAGCUCGCUUAGAUGCAUUUAAAUGCCGUCCAUUUGUUCCAGAUGUUUAAACAGAAAUAAAAUUAGUGAACAUAAAA